UGGCAACACUGCAUGGUGACCAACGUGUAUUUGCAUUGUUUAUGUUUUAGCUCAGCUGUGAAUCACAUCGAAAUUUGUAAAUCGGCAGCAUGUCUUUGGAAGUUUUACACGAAUUCGAGGGAAAAAAGAUAACAUUGCCAGCUCUUCCUUCGAAUUUUAUUGUGCUGGAAGAGACCACGGAAGAUGUACCACAAGCAGCACACUUGCAAGCUAAUGUGCUUCAACCGUUCGCCGCGACGGAUGUAUUUACGGCAUUUGUCACCAACAUUGCAACGAUCGUGGAAGAGGAGGAUGUAAAACCUGUACACGAUUUAACAUUUAAUUACGAACAUCACACAGGACACCGAUAUUGGCCCGGAGAUACGAUAGGCAUUUUAUCCUACAACACAGAUAGUGAUGUCGAUUACAUUCUAGACCGUUUGAAUUUGUUGUCCCAAUGUGAAACUGUUUGUAAGAUCGGCAUUGACCAGAGUACAACUAAAAAGGGUGCCAAGAUCCCGAUGUUCGUACCUCAUGUCGUAAAUUACCGACGUCUGUUCAGAGAGUGUUUGGAUCUUCAUGCGGUACCAAAGAAACUCUUGAUACGCGCUUUAAUACCAUAUACUACGAAUGAGAAUGAUCGUCGCAUCCUGGAAAUUUUAUGCUCAAAAGAAGGAAACUUUUGGUAUGAAAAACUAGUCCUGCAGAACGGAAAGGGAAUAAUUUCUUUGCUCCAGCUGGUCCCAUCGUGUAAACCAACGGUCGCAAUAUUUGUAGAACAUCUUCCCAGGCUUAUGCCACGUCCCUAUUCGAUUGCGAACGUGUACCGAGAAGGAGACAGCCCAGCGCUACGCUUUCUUUUCUCGCACAACGAAAACAAUCCGGGGAUUACCACAACGUACCUUCGGCGAUUGGAAAAAGGGGCAACGUUAUAUUUUUACUUUCGCCAGAGCAGUGCAUUUGUCUACAAGGACAGUGAUCUAAAACGAAACAUUAUAAUGGUUGGCACCGGUACGGGAAUAUCUCCAUAUCUUUCGUUUCUUGAGCUACGUGCAGAUGCUCUAGCUAAAGGUGAAACACUAGGUCGUGCCGAACUGUUCGUAGGAUUUCGCUAUCGAGAGCGUAACUAUCUGUGUAGAGAUGAAAUCAAAAAGUAUCUUAAAGCGGGCGUGUUGGAUGCUUGUUAUGAAGCAUUUUCACGAGAUGCCGAUACACGGUACAAGUAUGUGCAAAGUCAGAUAGUGGAAAAACGUUGCCAAAUCGUUGAAAACAUACGCAACCCACAGGCGUUGUUUUAUGUUUGCGGAGAUUCAAAGGUACUUUUACCACAAAUAACUAACACCGUAAUCGACAUACUGGUCCAAGCAUCAGAAACACAAGAGGAUAUCAAAGCACUUAUUAGUGGGCUUAAGAAGGAUGGCAAAUAUCGUGAAGAUGUUUGGCUUUGAAUUACAUAAACUGUAAUUAUAACAAAUGACAUAUAAUGGGUAGCUGCAAGCGAUACAAAUAAAAUUACAAAACAUGUUAAUUUGUACAAUGUGAAAAUUAAACUUUCCUUUUAAAUGUUUCGUGUGAUAUUCUUAUUGAAAUAAGAAGCAACUUACUUGAUAAAUCCCAGACGUUGCACUCCUUCCAAAGCUCGUUAUUUUCGGAUGAGAAGCAAUUAGUAAAUCAGUCGAGACAAUUGUAUCUUCCUAUUACAAACUAUAUUCUAAACAUAAACGUUUUAAACAAUAUUGCAAACAAAAAAAAAACGUUCUACUACAAAAUAGUUCCAAUGUUGAAUGCUGUUUACAUUUGAAUCGUUGUGUCCACGCUAA